GUGCGCACCAACGGCAGGAGAAGUGAGGGCGGUGGCCAUUUCUGGUGUGGGCAAGCGCUCGGGCCUUCAUUGCCGCCCUAGUGAGCUGCUUCGAUGCCGGCCGAGAAGAUGGCGGUGGACGGGCCCGAGCAGAUGGAGAUGGAUGAAGGCAAAGGAGGGACAGGCCUCCGCCAGUACUACUUGUCGAAGAUUGAGGAGCUGCAGCUGAUUGUGAAUGAGAAGAGCCAGAAUCUCCGCCGUCUGCAAGCGCAAAGGAAUGAGCUGAAUGCCAAAGUGCGCCUGCUGCGGGAGGAGCUGCAGCUGCUACAGGAGCAGGGCUCCUACGUUGGCGAGGUGGUGAGAGCCAUGGACAAAAAGAAAGUGCUUGUGAAGGUCCACCCGGAAGGGAAAUUUGUGGUAGACGUUGAUAAAAACAUUGACAUCAAUGAUGUGACCCCCAACUGCCGCGUGGCACUGCGGAAUGACAGCUACACUCUCCACAAGAUUCUGCCUAACAAGGUGGACCCCCUUGUGUCCCUCAUGAUGGUCGAGAAGGUCCCUGAUUCCACCUACGAGAUGAUCGGAGGCUUGGACAAGCAGAUCAAGGAAAUCAAGGAAGUGAUUGAGCUGCCUGUCAAGCAUCCAGAGCUUUUUGAGGCCCUGGGAAUUGCCCAGCCCAAGGGCGUGUUGCUGUACGGCCCUCCUGGCACUGGGAAGACUUUGCUUGCCCGGGCUGUGGCUCACCACACUGACUGCACCUUCAUCCGUGUCUCAGGCUCCGAGCUGGUACAGAAGUUCAUCGGCGAGGGUGCACGCAUGGUGCGGGAGCUCUUUGUGAUGGCCAGAGAGCACGCUCCUUCCAUCAUCUUCAUGGAUGAGAUCGACUCCAUUGGCUCCUCUCGCCUGGAAGGUGGCUCUGGGGGUGACAGCGAGGUGCAGCGCACCAUGCUGGAGCUCCUUAACCAGCUUGAUGGCUUCGAAGCCACCAAGAACAUCAAAGUCAUUAUGGCCACUAACCGGAUAGACAUCCUGGACUCUGCAUUGCUGCGCCCUGGCCGCAUUGACAGGAAGAUUGAGUUCCCUCCUCCAAAUGAAGAGGCUCGCCUAGACAUUUUGAAGAUCCACUCUCGGAAAAUGAACCUAACGCGGGGUAUAAACCUCCGUAAAAUUGCAGAGCUGAUGCCAGGAGCCUCUGGUGCUGAGGUGAAGGGUGUGUGCACAGAAGCUGGUAUGUAUGCACUGAGGGAGAGAAGGGUGCAUGUUACACAAGAAGACUUUGAAAUGGCUGUAGCCAAGGUGAUGCAGAAGGACAGCGAAAAGAACAUGUCUAUCAAAAAGCUGUGGAAGUGAAGAGGACUGAGCCCUGUUGGCCCAAAAGUGUUGUUGCUGCUUUCCUGGUUUGUUUCUUGCUCAAAUUUCAUUAAUAAACCUCUGUGAUGUCCAAGUUGU